UGUUCGUUGUCGGUCGUAUGUGGGAGUUCUCGCGGUUGGUGUAGGUAAAGUGUACUAUAGUUGCUUUGUAGAAAUUUGUAUUUUGAAAAAUCAGUGCAGUGUUUAGGCUUAUCAAUUAUUGAGGUGCUGAAAUGGAUAUUUUAACUGGGCUUAUUUAUAUUUAAUGGUGAAGCAGACCGAUCGCUCCCGCCAUGCCCAGUCGUGACCACCGCAAGGCUCAGUUCUCGUACCGUCUAUUUAGUCUCAGGUAAAGAAGCACCGAGGUACGGCGAUGGAUCAUCCCCGGAAGGCCAUGGUGUCUCCGGACUCUGCCCUCGCCGCCGAUGUCUUCGACCAGUUCUGCUCGGCCAACACCCUCAAGACUAUCCUCGGCCAUUUCAGGCAUCUCUGUGACAUCUUGCACAUAAAACCAACAAACUUCCCUCACUUCUACCCCAAACUCAAAGCAAAGUUAAGAUCGUGGAAAGCACAAGCUUUAUGGAACAAAUUCGAUAAGCGAGCAGCUCACAAAUGCUACAACAGAGGAAAGGCUUGUCCAAACACACGAGUUCUGGUGAUUGGUGGUGGUCCAUGUGGCUUACGCUCUGCCAUCGAGGCCCAGUUGUUGGGAGCCAAGGUGGUUGUCGUGGAGAAGAGAGAUCGCAUGUCUAGAAACAACGUUCUACAUCUGUGGCCUUUCGUUAUUCAAGACUUGCGCGCUCUUGGUGCUAAAAAAUUCUUCGGAAAAUUCUGCGCUGGAUCUAUUGAUCACAUAAGUAUUAGGCAGCUUCAGUGUAUACUACUAAAAGUUGCAUUAAUAUUUGGGGUGGAAUUUCAUGAAGGUGUUGGUUUUGAAUCUUUACUUGAACCACCAGAAGAUCAGUCUGAAAGAAUAGGAUGGAGAGCACUUACUAGUCCCCCAGACCAUCCUGUGUCACAGUACGAGUUUGAUGUGCUCAUAGGUGCUGACGGAAGGAGGAAUACCCUUGAAGGAUUCAAAAGGAAGGAGUUUAGAGGAAAACUUGCUAUAGCAAUAACAGCAAACUUCAUCAAUAGGAAGACAGAGGCUGAGGCAAGGGUAGAGGAAAUCAGUGGUGUUGCUUUCAUCUUCAACCAGAAGUUCUUUAAAGACUUGUAUGAAAAGACUGGAAUCGACCUUGAGAAUAUAGUAUACUAUAAGGAUGAGACUCAUUAUUUUGUUAUGACAGCUAAGAAGCACAGUCUAAUCGACAAAGGUGUCAUACUGCAGGAUUGGGGAGACACAGCUAGGCUGCUGUCACCAGAUAACGUGGACAAGGAUGCACUGGAGCAGUAUGCGAAAGAGGCAGCAGACUUUUCUACUAAUUACAAUCUACCAGCACUGGAGUUUGCAGUGAACCACUACGGCCAGAGUGAUGUAGCCAUGUUUGACUUUACUUCUAUGUACGCUGCCGAGAAUGCCAGCAGAGUUGUGGACAAGAGAGGUCAUCGGUUACUCAUGACCCUUGUGGGUGACAGUCUGCUGGAGCCUUUCUGGCCUACAGGGUCUGGCUGUGCCCGUGGUUUCCUAUCCUCACUGGAUGCUUGCUGGGCUGUGAGAGGAUGGGGAAUGGGACACAACCCUUUGGAAGUUCUAGCGGAGAGGGAGAGCAUCUACCGUAUCCUCGGCCAGACUACUCCAGAGAACCUGCAGAGAGAUCUGGCCAGCUACACACUGGAUCCUGUCAGCAGAUACCCCAACCUCAACAGUCGCUGUGUGCUGCCAGUACAAGUGCGGGGACUGUACCUGUCCGAUAGUCCUGGGGGUGUGGAGGCUCUCCUGGCAGCGCCCACCCUGGCACAACCUGAGCAGCCCAAGAAACGCAGGAAGAGAGAUACACAGGUUCAUCCUGACACUCUAUUGCUGUGGCUAAAGAAGCAAGUGGCCCUUUACGACACAGUACAAAUCUUGGACAUGAGUACUUCCUUCAAAGACGGGUUAGCGUUAUGUGCCAUCAUCCAUCGCUACCGGCCAGACCUCAUAGACUUUCACAGCCUCCAGCCGCAGGAUGUGGCAGCCAACAACCAGUUGGCAUUUGACAUCCUAGAGCGUGAACUAGGCAUCCCUCCAGUGAUGACGGGUCAAGAGAUGGAGGACUGUGUGGUGCCAGAUACUCUGACCAUGCUGUCCUACCUGUCCCAGAUCUACGACACUUUCCGUGGUGAGAUUCCUCACAUCAAACACCCCAAGCUGGAGGAGAGUGAUCUGGUAAAAGAGCAUGAUCAGAACAUGGUGGCCAUGUGGAAUAUGAAGCUGCGUAACCUAUCUACUACGCAAAGGUUAUCUCUGUUAGGCCGGAUGCCAUCGCCACGCGAGCGCAAACAUGUUCGACACUCAGUGACCACCCCACGCACUGAUACCAUGCAGCGCCGUGCACGCAAGAGACGCAGUGACAAAGCAUCUCCACAGAUGUAUAGGAGAGCCCGGCCACCCCCUCUCAAUAUAAAGCCUGUGAAUGAGGAUAUUCCCGGGGGCUGUCUACAGCACCGGGCCCGCCAAGCUUCUAAGGGCCUCGACAGAGAGUCCGACCAGUUGCGGAUGGAACGUAUCAUGAGACGCCAAUAUCUGCGCCACAAGGAAAACGAGCAGUUCCAGAAGAGCAUGCAGAUGUUGAGUGGAAAUGCCAAGAGUGAUGACAAACAACCUUUUGAGGACUACUCUAUCUUCGUGUACCGCCAGACAGCACCUGAUUUCCACGAUCGAAUUAAAGAGCUUGAAUUGAAGAUUCUGUACCCAGAUAAAGAUCAGAGGCUUCUUGCAGAAGUAAAGAAGAGUGCAAUGGACCCACACUUCUCUGGGAGGGUGAAAAAUAUUGAAGAUAAACUUAGAGGCAUUGCACAUGAGAAAAAGCCAAAGGACCUUCAUCGAGCUAUAGGAAAAAUUGAGAAGUCUGACUGGAACGUCAAAGAAAUUGAAAAGAAAAUCACUGAAAAUAAAUUUGGAAGAGGAACUCGAGCACACACGGAAAAAGUUCCUAAAUGGAGCAAGGAGCAAUAUGAUGACAAAGUCCGCAAGAUCCAGAUGCGGGAUACAGAGAAUGGCAGCAAGUUCACGGAAUUGGAUGACACACUCAAAAGGAUAGAGAGGAAGAUGAAGGAGGGUGGAGUGCUGGAACAGGGCAAGGUGUCAGCUCUGGCCGCCCAUCUCACCAACAUGAACCAAGAGCCAGAGAAACCUCCUCUGCAGAAGUCUAAUUCGAAGGCAGCAUUUGUGAUGCCAUCUCAAGGGGCUUCAGAGACUUGUCACUUUUGUAACAAGCGUGUGUAUCUCAUGGAGCGAUUGAGUGCUGAAGGCAAGUUCUUCCACCGUGGCUGCUUCCGCUGCGAUUACUGCAACAACAUCCUUAGACUUGGGAAUUAUGCCUUUGACAGAGAUGGAAGAUUUGGCAGCAGAUUUUUUUGUAUACCUCACUUUGGACUGACUCGUGUGAUUAAACGAGAAGAGGUUGGAAACAAGGAGAACAUCCCUAGUCAACCAGUGCCAAAGACUCCUGUCAUGCUUAGAGGAGAGGAAGACAUGAUGGACCAAGGGACAACACCAGAGAGGAUUGAGUUUGAGAACCUGUCGGGAGUGGGUGAGACUGCCUCAGACCAGGAGGAUAGUGAGAUGGAUGAAGAUGAGUGGACGGACCGUAAUUUUGGGGCCUCAGCUGCUGAGGCUUCUAGCGAUGAGGCUUCUGACCUCAGUGACUCGGAGGACGAGGAAGAGUUCGCAGAGGCGCUAGACGUGAAUGUGGGCAUGACAGCAGACGAGACACUGCGGCUGGCCGAGCAUUGGACUCGUAGAUAUAACCGGCAGAAGGAGGCUGAUGAAGAGGAGAGUGGCAGCUGUCACGAUUCAGAUGACUCUCGAGAACACUUCAGCUACCAGGAGUAUGACAGUGAGGCGGUAGAUGAUGAGUUUGAUGCGAUUUGGCAUGACUGCUCUCCCAGUCCCUCAACACAAGUGUUUGGAGCCACACAAUCGGGAUUGAAACAUGAGGAGAGUGAGACAGCAACAGAGGGAGAGGAGGAGGUGCGUGCACGGGAGUUACGUAGGCAGGAGGCUAGAGUGGAAGCCCCGGACAUCGAUACAGGCUCGGACACUGAGGUGGCUUCAGAUGACUAUACAACCUCGUCAGGCAGCGAGGAGUCCGAGAGUGAAGCUGUGGAGAACUCUGCUACCGAGAUCUCUACUGAUUCAGAGUUUGAACAUGAUGGCACGACACCUACACAGCAGAACAUCCCCGACAUUGUCAUCAGUGAGAGCGUUCAUGUCAAACGAGGUCGUUUGGAAGAGCCCAGGAAAGUGCAGGUGUUGACUAAACCAAUCAAUGGCAAACUACCUGAGUCUAAAACUGAUGUUCAGCUGGAGUUUUCUCCGUUAGUCCCAGACAGGCCUAGUCUAAAUAACAUUAACAACAACUCAGGUCCGAGCCCCCUCGUCAAUCCCAGACGUGGUGAUUAUCUUCUCAAUCGAACCCAUUCUACAGAAGGAAUUGCUUCUAAAAUAUCUUUAGAGCUUAAGAAACGCUAUUUAUUAGGACCAUCAGGACUUUCUGGCUCAGUGAAGAAGUCAGGAUCUGCAUCUACUUUGGACUCAAGAUUUAAAAGUUUUGUAGAUCAAAUUUCCGAACACCAGAAACUUCUAAAUCCUGCACCUGAGCCCAGUCCAACGAUGCAAGCUUUUCUUCAAGGAGCCGACAAGAUCCACAAUUCUCCCUCAAUAACACAUAUAGUAAGAAGGGAGAAAGAACUGCCGGGAGUAUCCACCUUUAGUCAUAUAUGCCAGCUUAAAGAUAAGGAAACCGUAGUGCCUAGUAAUAAAGAACGACCUUCUAUUGUAAUUGACAAACCUAACUCAGUUGAAGCAGAACAUAUAAACAAUGUUAUUAAAAUGGAAUCAAAGGAAGAACAUCUCCUUGUGGGAGAUGAAGAAGAAAGCAGAGCCAGAAGUCCUGUUCAUGAGACAUCAAUAGUUGUGCCAGAUUUACCUCAGAACAAAAAAGAAGAGGAGGAGGAUAUAGACAGUGAUUCUUUAUCUUCAGAUAAUGACAGUUCUCUUGAAGAAGAAUCCGACCAUAAGAGCCAAGGUCAGGUAAACAUUCCUCCGAAAGUAGAGAUCCACAAUUCCCGAGGAGAGCUGAUGGAGGAUGAGAGUGGAGGUGUGGAAGUAAAGCCUGAUAUUGCAGAGGUUGGAGAAGGAUCAGAAGAACCUCCACCACUGGACAGCCUGAACAUGGUAGUGCCGGACAUCUGCCAACACACAAGACCCACAGACUUUCUGCCUAAUAUUCUUUUGACUAAUAGAACCAAUGUGGACCUGGUUCCUGCCAAGGACAAGGAGAGUGGCACAUUUCAGAAGAUUAUCACUGUCCCCAGUACCAGCGAGAAGGUAUCAGAGAGAGGACAAGUACUUAAGCAAGUUCCUACAACGGCAGAAUUGUUUGUUUCUGAUGAAAAGACUACUGAUGGAUCCAAAGGUAGUGGAAAGAGCAGUCCGUCAUCUCCACUGUCAAACCGUGAUGAUGACGAGAGUUUCCGCAAUGAGUCACUAACUGCUGCUUUGACUGAAACGGAACUAUCAGACUGGGCAAGAGAUGAAGAUGUAGGAGUGUCUGAAAAUUUGGAGGAUUUAGAAUUUAAUAUCAAUCCUCAAUAUAUAACAUUUAGAAGACAUCAUAAGCCUAAAAACAAGCGGAAUUCUAGGGGGGUUGCUGCUAAAAUAGCUAGAACUGAAGAUUUUGAUGAUGAGUUCAGCCACGUUUGUGGUAAAGUGGAUAAAGUCCCUCAGACUUCAAAUUUGUUAGUUAAUACAGAUAACAUUGAAUACAUGGAUACUGGUGGAGAGGAGGAGAGCAGUCAUGAAGAAUAUCUAAGGAACAGUGGCUACGUGCAAUUUAUUAACCCAACAGAUGAAGAUGAAGAUAUCAUUACACCAACCGCAGACACUCCCAUCAACUGCCUACCAGGUGACUUGAAGGACAGUGCCGAGGAUGGAGGAGACACCACCACCAGCAACAGUGAGGCUGUAACAAUCAUGGAGAGUCCUCUUGAUGCACAGAAAGAUUUUGAACCUAACUUAAACUCUCCUGUAAUAGAAACUACUCCUACUCCCGAUCUCAACAAUAAAACUUACGAGGAGUAUGUGAAACGAUUACAGGGCAGAAUUUCCCCUUUCAGCAAUGUCAGGGACUCCAUUGACAUUAGGAAGUCAAGAAAACAUAGUAGUGGUAAAAUUUCUAAUCCUACAUUUACAACAGAAAAAACUCUUAUUGAAGAUAAGGAAGAAAAUACACCAAAUAUAAUUAAUAAACCAGUAACCAUGUCUCAAAAGUUAGAAGAGUUAUCAAAGGAAAGGUCUAAACAAAAGGAUUUAAUUCAUGAAAUGGUUUUAGAGAAGUUGAUGGUCAGAGGAAAAUCUCCUCAAGAACGGAAAGCUAAAAGGAAUGCUAGAAAUACUCCGAGUCCUCGUUUGGGUUCUCAAAAUUCUAUUAUCAGUAUACCCAGUGAUAAAACAGAACCAUCCCAAGAAACAGGCAACAUAGGCUCAAAAAUAAGUAUGACAAGUCAGCAAACUCCUACCUCAACUAUCGAUGAAACCCCUAGAGAAGCAGACCGUCCUGAACAAAAUCACAAUGAAGUUGCUGAAUCUUCUGAAGUGACACCAGAAGUUUUCGAUACACCAAAUGUAAACAUAAGCGACUUGUAUUUUACUCCCAUGACCUCUUUCAAAGAGCAAGCUGCAAAAAGUAGACCCUUGUCAAUGAACUUUUCAUUUAGACUUCAAAACAGUACGAAUAAAAACAAAACAUUACCUUUCACACCACUAACCAACCCUGAAGCCUUUUCUCUACCUGAUAUUAGGAAAGCUCUAUUUGACUCAGAGAAUAGUUUAAAUACUCCAGUACCCCCACCAAGACUGAAAGCUCUAGACAGGGAACAGGUGAGAGAGACUGCAAGAGCAAGGGCUAAAAUGUUGACAGAUGAGGAAUUAGGUCUCAGUCCUGAGGAGAGGAUACAACGGUUGAAAGAAAAAGUAUCACGAAGAUUCGAGCGAAGUGAAUCCUCUCCAGCCUCUAGCCAUGUGGAAACACCUUCCUUAGAUAAUAACAUCCAAAUCUCUUUGUCACGAUCAAAUGAAUCCCUGACUGUAGUCAGCUCCAGGGUUCAACAGCAUCCAACUUCUCUUCCGGAUACAAAAUCAAAAAUCUCUCCAACGAUUCAAACUAAUGAAAUAUCUCCUUCUUCAUCACAUAAGCCCGACUUGAGGCUGGAAAUAACCAGUCCUGAGAAGAAGUCCAAGAGCCGAGAUGGUAAGAAGAGUAUCAUUCAGGUGGUGUCUUCUAUCUUCCAUAAGAAGUCUCCCACGUCCUUGUCUCCACCAAAGUCAGCUCCAGCCACUUCCGGCCACACUUCCAAGUUUAGCAAGUUCAAACUGCAUAAGAACAAAGAUAAAGCAAAGUCAGCUAACAGCUCCGAUGUGGAAGAUGCAGAAGAUAAAAAGUCGCCAAUAGCCUUAAGCAAGAGUAUGAGUGAGACAGAGGCAAGGAGACGGCUGAUAGACGAGUCUGUGGCACCUCCUGUACCCCCUCCCCCACUCAACUACCCUUCAUCACGUCAACACUCAGAAGACAGUAUGUCGGAGCUGGAGGGAGAGGACUCGCAUGCGAGUAUCGCUACCAACUCAGCAUCCAGUCGCAAACGUACCAGAAUGGCUCGUAAAAUGGAGAGGCAAGCUCAUCUUAAAAGAUUGCGGAUGGCACAAGAGAUUCAGCGUCAGUUGGAAGAGUUGGAGGUGAAGCAGCGAGAACUGGAGACGAGAGGUGUUGAUGUCGAGAAGGCUAUCAGAGCAGAGAAUGCAAGUUCUGGAGGAGAGAACUCAGUCCUGCUGAAGGAGUGGUUUGAACUGAUGCGAGAGCGCAGCGAGCUGAGGAGGUAUGAAAGAGAGCUAUUGGUGCGACGACAAGAGAUGGAGCUGGAGGAUAGACACGCACGGUUACAACACGAGUUAAGGCAGAGUCUUGCCAAGGACGACAAAACGAAAACGAACGAAGAAGUGGCCUCGGAGGGCAGGAUAUUACGAGAGAUGUUGGAGAUUGUAGAACGAAGAGACUCACUUAUAAACCAGCUGGAAGAAGACCGACAAAGGUGCGGCCGAAGCUGGUGUCCCCCUCUCUCUCUGCCCCCAACCCACAACACCACCCCUCUCCUCCAUCCCCUGCUCCUUGCCGGGGUUGCAGUGGUCGUGUGGUCUCUUGCUCACUAUAUAACUACCACCCUGUCAGAUUAAUGCAUGGCAGUCUUGCUUCACUAACAUUUCACGAGUAACAGGGUUGUGGAACGUUCCGUUAGAUAUGUAUUGCUAGUAAUCUGCAGUGUUAAAAUUACAAAAUAGUAAAUUGCAUACAUUACAAUCUAAUUAAAACAUUUUAAUAAUAUCUACCGGUACUUGUCACAAUCACACUAAUAAAUCAAUAACUAUAAUAUAUCUUUUUUUAUAAAUUACUCCAGGAAAAUUUUUAAUAUUUUUUCUAACAAUAUAAGACAAUUUCUUUUUAUUGUAUGUUUUGAACCAAUUGAAGAUAAUGUAUGUUUGAUUGAGCAGAUUAUUUAACACCUAGUAUAAUUUAAUUAUUUUCUGUCUAUGAUUGGGUGGUGAAAUGCCCUUUGUAAAGAAUCAUAUUUUCAAGUGGCAGGAUUAAUUUACUAAGAAUAAAAAAGUUUAUUAUAUUUAAUUAUUUAAUAUAUUUAUUAAAUUAAGUGUUGUUAACAUGGGCAUUGUAAUAGUAUUUAGUAAAAUUUAAGCAAUGCCAAAAAUAAUUAAUGAAGAAUUUAAAUGUAUUUUUUUAAUAAUAUAUACAGCUAUAUAUUUUUUAUAACCAUGUUUUUCAUUAGAUUCUUUAAGAACAAAUGUUGUAUAUGUAGAUUAAAUGUUGUUGCAUUCUUGUAUCAUUCUAUAUUUGUUAACAUUGCACACAUGUACAGAGUGGUAGUAGUGUGAUUGUUGUGUAUAAUUUCAUUAAUCAAUAGUUUUGUUAGCUCAUAAUAGUAUACAUAUACCUAUAAUCACCUAUAUGUAUAUCAACAAAUUAUUUAUUUGUAUUUAUACUCAUGAAAACUGUUAUUUAUUCACAGUGCUUAUAUAGCUAUUGUAUACUUUCCCAACCAUAAAUAAAUCUGUUUUGACAUA